GCUUCUGCCCUGGAGCGCGGUCGGGAGUAAAAUCGCAGGAGUGGGAGGGUAGCAAGCCAGCGGGAUUCCGAGCCGCGGAGCGCGCUGGCCUGGCGUCGCCUGAUGACUCCGGAGCGCGGGUCCAAGCGCCGCCCAUGCAGCACCCCUGAGCUCCAGGGAAGGAGAGUUAAUGAAAAAACACUUAACCGUCUCCGCCGCGGAGAGUCAUGAGCUGUCUGGAUGUUAUGUACCAAGUCUAUGGUCCUCCGCAGCCCUACUUCGCAGCCGCCUACACCCCCUACCACCAGAAACUAGCCUAUUACUCCAAAAUGCAGGAAGCACAGGAGUGCAAUGCCAGCCCCAGCAGCAGUGGCAGCGGCAGCUCCUCAUUUUCCAGCCAAACCCCAGCCAGUAUAAAAGAGGAAGAAGGCAGCCCAGAGAAAGAGCGCCCACCAGAGGCAGAGUACAUCAACUCCCGCUGCGUCCUCUUCACUUAUUUCCAGGGGGACAUCAGCUCUGUGGUGGAUGAACAUUUCAGCAGGGCCCUGAGCCAACCCAGCAGCUACUCUCCUAGCUGUACCAGCAGCAAAGCACCAAGGAGCUCUGGGCCCUGGCGAGACUGCUCCUUCCCGAUGAGCCAGCGCAGCUUCCCCGCCUCCUUCUGGAACAGCGCGUACCAGGCGCCAGUGCCCCCGCCGCUGGGCAGCCCUCUGGCCACCGCGCACUCGGAGCUGCCCUUCGCCGCCGCCGACCCCUACUCGCCCGCCGCGCUGCAUGGCCACCUGCACCAGGGCGCCACCGAGCCCUGGCACCACGCGCACCCGCACCACGCGCACCCGCAUCACCCCUACGCCCUGGGCGGCGCCCUCGGCGCCCAGGCCGCCCCCUACCCGCGCCCCGCCGCCGUGCACGAAGUCUACGCGCCGCACUUCGACCCGCGGUAUGGGCCGCUGCUGAUGCCAGCCGCCUCGGGGCGCCCGGCCCGCCUCGCACCCGCCCCGGCGCCCGCGCCCGGCAGCCCUCCCUGCGAGCUCUCCGGCAAAGGCGAGCCGGCGGGCGCCGCGUGGGCCGGGCCCGGGGGACCCUUCGCGAGCCCCGCGGGGGACGUGGCCCAGGGUCUGGGCCUCAGCGUGGACUCAGCUCGUCGUUAUUCCCUCUGUGGUGCAUCCCUUCUGAGCUGAUCUGCUGACCCAGGGUUUCCCCUUCCCCUUCCCUUCUGACCAGCCUUGGAGGCUCAGCAUCUGUGCCUCUCACUCCGUGGAUGAGGACAUGGGGGAAGGCAGAGACUUCAGACUUCUCAGUGUGUUGGGAAAACCAAAAACCACAACUACAGAAAUUCAUCUAAAAAUAAGUCCUGCUGCUGAAAGAGCAAAUCCAAAGACUGAGUUAUGUUUAAUGACUUUUGGCCGAAUCACUGGAAAUAUCUGUGGUGAGAUUGCUGAGUCAGGUGAUAUGAUCUCAUAAGCUUUCUUGGAACGGGGGAAAGAAAAUGAAACUUUUUGGUGUGAAUAUUUUUUAUGCUGAUGUGAAUUAUUUUGUUAGGUAAUGUGAUUAUAGCACUACUACUGUCAGAUUUUAAAUUGUAUGUGUACUUGCAUCUAAGACUGUGGUAGAGAAGUAAAGAGAAGUCAAUUCCUUCUUCCUCACCUCUCAGCCUCCAGAUCCCUUCCUGCCCAUCCGUUCCCUACGAUGCCCACUCCAGACGCAAAGAUACACUUUUUUUCCUUUGGACUGUGAACAUGGAAGCCUCAGCCUGAAUGUGAGUGGCAAGUGGCUUAUCUGGAGCCACCUGCCCAAGUCUUACUAAAAUGCAGCUGUUGUUAGACAACUGUUUAAAACUCCAGAAAUACAUCAGCCAAGGUGGCACUUCUCAGUAUUUGGCAGAACAAUUGCAAUUGCACUGGAUAUAUUAUAUAUAUAUGUAUGCAUAUAUAUCAUAUUUUUUACAAGGAACAUUUUACGAUGAAAGAAGAAACCCUUCUCUGCCUUCUCUCCCACGAAUUCUGUCCCUGUAUCCUCUGGAUGUAAAAAGCAAGGAGAGACCCCAACUGUCUCCAUGGAGAAGAACUAGGAAUCACCACAAGGGGAGGAAAUGUACAUGAAGUCUCCAUUACCUCAAAUUUUUUUCUCAGUCUCUCUGGUUGUGAUUUGGUCACUUUAGUGUUGGGACAGGGGAAAGGGUCCGUGCGUGGGCAAAGCUGAAGGUGAUAAGGAAGAAGAGACGAACAUUAAAGAUGUCUAUUUACUAUGA